ACGCUUCCAUGCAUCCUGACGAGACUUCCAGUGACCUGACUCUGGCAACAGAAUAUCUUCAGCACUUUUACAACUUUGAGAAGGAGCCACUCACUCGCACAAAGCGCAGCAAUCCCUCUUUCUCCUCCAAGCUGGCGGACAUGCAGAGCUUCUUUGGGCUCGGCAUCACAGGCAGCCUGGACUCCCAGACGCUGGAGGUGAUGAGGACUCCCCGCUGUGGGGUGUCAGAUGUGGAGGACUACAGCCACGGCUCACUCACACGCUGGAAGAAAAACAAAGUCACUUUUGGUAUUGGCAGGUACACUACCGAUAUGCCCGCUCAUGUUGUGGAUUCUCUGAUCGGCUCUGCAGUGGCAGUGUGGGCCAGGGCUAGUUUGCUGACGUUUGUCAGGUCAUACUCUGACAAGGCUGACAUCUUGAUGGAUUUCACCUAUGGAGCACAUGGGGAUUCCUUCCCAUUUGAUGGUCCCGGAGGCACACUGGCUCAUGCCUUCGGACCUGGUGAGGGCCUGGGUGGAGACAUUCACUUUGACGACGAGGAAUACUGGUCAGCAGGAUCCAAAGGUUUCAACUUGUUUCUAGUGGCAGCACAUGAGUUUGGGCAUGCCUUGGGUUUAAAGCACUCAAGAGACCCCAAGUCUCUGAUGUAUCCAGUCUACAGGUCUCAGGCCCAGAAAGUCUUACUCUCCAGUGACGACAUCAUAAACUUUAAUGCACUUUACGCAUCGCAGAGACAGAGGCCAAAGCCCCCCUCGAGGUUUGUUUGGCCUCCCCGAUUCAGACUUUUCUACCCAGGUUCUCGUCUACCUCUGGCUCUACAGGAGACGUGUGACCCGAACCUGUCUUUUGAUGCUGUGACAGAUAUCAUGGAGGCACUCUUCUUCUUCAAAGACAGGUAUUUGUGGAUCAAGCAUGAUGAGCAAUAUGACAUUAAAGAGGGACCCAUCCACAACUUCAUGCCUAAAAUUGAUAAGAACAUCAAUGCUGCCUACUCGGUUCCACAAAGAUCAACUGCCUACCUUUUCAAUGGAACCCGUUACUGGAUCAUGAGGGGGUCACUAAUAAAGGGACGGACAAAACAUAUCAGGACCUAUGGAUUUCCAUCAUGGGUGAAAAAAAUAGAUGCUGCAGUUCACAUCACGAACAUUGGACGUACCCUUUUCUUUACUGAGGAUAAAUACUGGAAAUAUAAUGAGAAUCGUAAAACCAUGGAGAAACUGUUCCCUAGACCAAUCAAAGAUGAUUUCCCUGGAAUUAAUAUGACUGUGAACGCUGUGGUUUAUAAAGACGGUGUCAUCCACUUUUUCUCUGAUGCAGAAGUAUACAAGUACAAUUACUCAACAAAACAGAUCACUGGAGUUGAUAAGGCGAAUUCUUGGCUUGGGUGCAUGGAAAAAUAGAGAUGUUUAUCCUUACCACCUCAAUACUGUUGGCCUGUAUGUCAUAAUCCAUUAAAUUAUACUGACAUUUUAACUUGUCUAUUUUAUAAUGUUAAACUGAAAUUGUGCCUCUGUGUUUACACAACA